AUGGAUUCCAUGUGGCAAGCCGUCAAGGCCUACUUCGGCGAGAACCCCAUCCAGUUACACACCCACUGCUGUGAUCUGAAACCCCCCAAAGCCCGCAAUGAGAACAUCAACUUCGGGGUCGAGAUUCCCGAGGACGUGAUGGGGCUCUUCUCCGCCAUCGGCGACACCAGCCGGCCUCCCUGUACGUGCGACGGCAUGGAUGCCCUCGUGGCACAUAUCGACGCCUUCCUCCGCGCCGCCCCUGCCCGCCGGCCGGAGGACUAUACCUUGCACAGCGGGAAACAGGACCAGUCCUCCGAGGACGUCUGCCGGUUCGCCAUGCGGGACGCGCUGCAGUGGUGGACGGUGUGGCACGGCUCGCUGGAGCACCACAAGUGGAAGCACCUGUACCUGGCGCUGUGCACCAUCUCGGACGACCUAGUCAUCCCCCCGCAGGAUCUGGCGGAUGGCACCUUCACGCUGCUGGGUCACUCGCUGGCCGAUAUCCUGGCGGGGCUGCGCGCGGAGCACGUCCACCCGGACGAGAUCAAGCUCCUCGAGAUGCUCACCUGGCGCCAGUACAUCAUGCAGUACGUGGAGAAAGUGGAUGGGGGCCUCCGGCCCUUGCUCCUGGGCAAGACCACAAUGAUGACCCAGUUCCGCGUCAUGACG